CGAGGAGGUGCGGCGCGGCGGUUGAUAUAAACAACGACCGGGAGACCGGGAGCGACUCGCUUGUUUCAACCGCCUCCCUUUUAACUGUCGCUUCACACCGGCCCAUUCCUUCGAGGGACUCUUGAACGCCGAAAACAGAGGGGCCAUGAUCAUGUCACCAGGCGGCUCUCGGCUUUCGCUGGUCGCCCAGUUUGACGACCUCUGUCGACGGCACAACAUGUUCACGGACACUGCAGCCGAAGAGUUCGUCUUGGAAUUUGUGCGUAACCAGGAAGCGUGCCGCAAGCAGUGGCAUGCCACUGUCCUCGAAAACGCAGAGCUCAAGGAGCAGAUUGCGUCGCUGACAGAAACCAAUGUGGAGCUCGAACGAAAGCUUGCCCACACCAAGGAAGUCCUGCGCAAAGAGUUGCUGCGCAGAGAAAGAUGGGAAGAAGAGUCUCGGCAAAAGCAACGCCAACUUGAGCAGGUGCGCAGGCUCCUCACCAACAGCGAGAUCUGCGACGAGACAGUCGAGAAGCUCUCGGUUAUUAUGCCUACUCACAAUGGAUCGCAAGAUCGCCCGGUCAGGAUGAGCAUCAUCGACGAAUCCGUCGGCUCGGUGCUCUCCCCAUCUGGAGAUGACCUGGAUGCCAGUGAGGACUCGGCUGGCUGCUUCGACACACCCGGCUCGCAGGGCAAGCGUCGGCACAACUUCUUCGAUGGCCUGUCGCCACUUGCAAAGAAGUCCAAGAUAAACGAUGAGGGUGAUCAACCUCAUGCGAACAUGGUGCACACAACUGUAACCAUCACGGAUGGCCAGGACCUGGUAGCGACGACACGGGUUGUCGCACAGCCACUAACACCCUCUGUGCCGAAUGUGCCGAUCCCGCCACCACCGCCACCACCGGCACCAGCUUCUUCGACCCCCACGACAACGCCAAAGUACUCGAGCGGAUCUGCACCGAACACUCCAGUUGCUCAGAGGCGCGAGAAGGUCGCAGCGAGCGCAACCAUGCCGAGGCGGAGCAACUCGGCCGAGAAGCUGCUCUCCCGACAGCACACCUUCUGCCCCAAGACGGUGAUCAAGACCGAGACGUGUGGUCCCUGCGGCAAGCGCAUCAAGUUCUACAAGACGGUCUACAGGUGCAGCCGCUGCAACGCCAUCUGCCACCCGGAGUGCAAGAACCAGGUCCCGUUGCCCUGCAUCCCGGUGUGCGAUACUCCCAAGCGUGGCGGAGCCGGCAGCCGUCGAGGUCCCCUCAUCUCGGACCACGCACCGUCCACGCCGCCCAUGGUGCCCGCACUAGUGGUCCACUGCAUCCAGGAGGUGGAGCGCAGAGGCCUGGACUGUGUGGGCAUCUACCGGGUAUCUGGUUCGGAGCGUGAAGUGCGCGAGAUAAGGGAACAGUUCCAGCAAGGCAAAGGUGUUCCAAAUUUGUCCAAGGUCGACAUCUAUGCCGUGUGUGGAGUCCUCAAGGACUUCUUGCUGUCGCUUCGGGAGAGCCUCGUCACCAAGUCGCUGUGGCACACUUUUGUCAGCGCUACAGAGCUUGACCAUGAGGACCGGGUGUGGGCCAUAUGGCAGGCAGUGACGCAGCUUCCUCCGGCCAACCGGGACACGCUGGCAGCCCUGGUGCUGCACCUGCAGACGGUGGCCGCCCAUCCCGAGGCCAAGAUGCCUCUAUCUAACCUGGCACGCGUCUUUGCACCCACCGUGGUUGGGUGCUCGGUCAACGACACGUCCUUGGUGCCCAACCUCUUACACGAGAUGGAGCAGCAGAACCAGGUGAUGGAGACGUUGCUGUCACUGCCAGCAGACUACUGGAAUCAGCUCCUGGACGUCUAGCGCAACGGGGAAAAGAAGCCCUUGGCACUAUGAAACCGGUGUUUGGCAGUCUGGCCUGGUGUAAGGAGUCCCCUGCCGAUCUCUUGCCCUGGUACGUCGCAGCAUACCAGGAUGCCCUCAGUUCCUUUUUUUAAUUUAUACACAUAGACAACCUCUGUACAGUGUGCUGUUUUAAUAAAUUUGUGUUGCAAAACCCUUCUGC